AUGGACCCCACCUUGGAUGCCAUCGUCAUCGGGACAUGGCCAAACAUGCACAAACCCUUGGUGCUGGCAGCACUACAAGCUGGGAAACACGUGCUCUGCGAAGCCAGGAUGGCCCUGAACUGGGGAGAGGCACUGGAGAUGCUGGAUGAAUCGCGCAGGCGCCCACCCCAGGUUGCGCAGAUCGUCCCGUCGCCCCUAACCCUUCGCUAUGAUGCCGCCAUCCAGGAAACAAUCAAGUCUGGGGUCCUGGGGCAGCUGACCUACAUCACGGUGAGGGGGGUGGCGGGCUGGCCCGAGGCUAACGGCGCCCCCAUGACAUUCCGCCAGGACGCAGAGCUGUCCGGGGACAACAUCCUCUUCCUGGGCAUCAUGUACGAGGCCCUGGCCAGGUGGGUCGGCCACGCCAGCAGCGUCGUGGCGAUGGGCCAAACCGUGGUCAAGUGGCGCACAGACCCCGCCACGUCAGCGCUGCGCAGCGUGGAGGUUCCAGACCACCUGGACGUCCUGGCCCGCAUGGCCUGCGGCGCCCAGGCCCACCUCCUCCUCAGCGCCGUGGCGGGCGGCAGCGACCGCCCCGCCCUGGAGUUCUGGCUGCAUGGGUCUCAGGGGGCGCUGCACCUGGACCUCGCCGCCGGCGCCCUGACCCUGAGCCGGCCGGACGUGGAGGGGGGGGCGCCCCAGCCGGUGCCCCUGGCGCACCCCGGGGCAUGGCGGGUGGAGGAGGAGUUUGUGGGGGCCAUCCGGGGGAAGGAGCGGGUGCGCCUGACCGACUUCCCCACCGCCGCCCGCUACAUGGAGUUCACCACCGCCGUGGCGAGGAGCCUGCGCAGCGGCCACAGCGUGGGCAUGCCCCUGGUGUAG